UAUGAUAGUACAUUUUUUGGUUCACAACAAGUUCCCUCUCAAAGUUAAGGCCAACCAAUCCGUACCUCUGUUCUUCUCUACCUUGUUUGACUGCCAUAUCUCACAUAGGUUUCUCCAAAUUCUUCUUUCAAAAGUACACCCUCUUGGCUAUCUAGGUAAGCAGUAAGCCCAAUAUUUUGCUCUAUCUCUCUCUCUCUCUACCAUGUUUAUGGUGAAAUGGGAUCAUGAAGUGAAGAGGAGAGAUCUAAGUGGUAUCAAUUUCAUCAAAUUUUGAUUGAAAGAAGCUAUUAGAAAGAAUGUGGAAGCUCAAGGUAGCAGAGGGUGGCAAUGACCCUUACAUCUACAGCACCAAUGACUUUGUUGGAAGGCAGAUAUGGGAGUUUGAUCCUGAAGCUGGUACUCCAGAAGAGAGAGCUGAGAUUGAAGAGGCUCGUCAAAAUUUCUACAGGAAUCGCUACCAAGUCAAACCCAGUGGCGAUCUACUUUGGCGAAUGCAGUUUUUGAGAGAGAAAAACUUUAAACAAACAAUUCCCCCAGUAAAGAUUGAUGACGGAGAGGAAAUCACAUAUGACAAUGCGACAGCUACAUUGAGGAGGGCUGUCCAUUUCUAUUCAGCCUUGCAGGCUAGUGAUGGCCAUUGGCCUGCUGAAAAUGCUGGCCCAUUGUUUUUCCUUCCCCCCUUGGUAUUUUGUAUGUACAUUACAGGACAUCUUAAUACUGUAUUCCCUGCUGAGCAUCAAAAAGAAAUCCUUCGAUACCUGUAUUGCCAUCAGAACGAAGAUGGUGGCUGGGGAUUCCACAUAGAAGGCCAUAGCUCGAUGUUUUGCACAACUCUUAGUUACAUUUGUAUGCGUAUGCUUGGGGAAGGACCUGAGGGUGGCAAGGACAAUGCCUGUGCAAGAGCAAGAAAAUGGAUCCUUGAUCAUGGUGGAGUAACACACAUACCUUCUUGGGGAAAGACAUGGCUUUCGAUACUUGGUCUGUUUGAAUGGACUGGAAGCAAUCCAAUGCCCCCAGAAUUUUGGAUCCUUCCUUCAUUCCUUCCCAUGCAUCCAGCCAAAAUGUGGUGCUACUGUCGGAUGGUGUACAUGCCCAUGUCAUACCUAUAUGGGAAGAGGUUUGUUGGCCCAAUCACACCUCUCAUUCUUCAAUUGAGGGAGGAACUCUACAAUGAACCUUAUAAUGAAAUUAACUGGAAGAGUGUGCGUCAUCUAUGCGCGCAGGAGGAUAUCUACUAUCCCCACCCUUUGAUACAAGAUUUGCUUUGGGAUAGUCUAUACAUAUUCACUGAGCCUCUUCUCACUCGUUGGCCAUUUAACAAGUUGGUUAGAGAGAAGGCUCUUCAAGUAACAAUGAAGCACAUUCAUUAUGAAGAUGAGAAUAGUCGAUACAUUACUAUUGGAUGUGUGGAAAAGGUUCUAUGUAUGCUUGCUUGUUGGGUUGAAGAUCCAAAUGGAGAUUAUUUCAAGAAGCAUCUUGCUAGGAUCCCAGAUUACAUAUGGGUUGCUGAAGAUGGAAUAAAGAUGCAGAGUUUUGGUAGUCAAGAGUGGGAUACUGGUUUUGCCAUUCAAGCAUUACUUGCUAGUGAUCUUGUUGAUGAAAUUGGACCUACACUCGCAAGAGGACAUGACUUCAUAAAGAAAUCUCAGGUCAAAGACAAUCCUUCUGGGGACUUCAAAAGCAUGUACCGUCACAUUUCCAAAGGAUCAUGGACCUUCUCUGAUCAAGAUCAUGGAUGGCAAGUUUCUGAUUGCACUGCAGAAGGUUUGAAGUGUUGCUUGCUUUUCUCAAUGAUGCCACCAGAGAUUGUUGGUGAGCAAAUGGAACCAGAGAGGUUCUAUGAUUCUGUCAACGUCCUACUUUCUCUACAGAGUAAAAAUGGUGGUUUAGCCGCAUGGGAGCCAGCAGGAGCAUCAGAUUGGUUGGAAAUGCUUAAUCCAACUGAAUUCUUCGCGGAUAUUGUUAUUGAGCAUGAGUAUGUUGAAUGCACUGCAUCAGCAAUCCAGGCUUUAGUUUUGUUUAAAAAAUUAUACCCCGGGCAUAGGAGAAAAGAGAUUGAAAACUUCAUUAAAAAUGCGGCACGCUUCCUUGGAGACAUACAAAUGCCAGAUGGUUCAUGGUAUGGAAAUUGGGGAGUUUGCUUCACUUAUGGUUCAUGGUUUGCACUUGGAGGUCUGGCUGCUGCUGGCAAGAGUUACAACAAUUGUCCAGCUAUGCGCAAAGGUGUUGACUUCCUACUUAGAACACAAAGAGAUAAUGGUGGUUGGGGAGAAAGCUAUCUUUCUUGCCCAAAAAAGGAAUAUGUACCUCUAGAAGGCAACCGAUCAAAUUUGGUGCAUACUGCAUGGGCAAUGAUGGGUCUUAUUCAUUCCGGACAGGCUGAAAGAGACCCAACACCUCUUCACCGGGCCGCAAAGCUGAUAAUAAAUUCUCAAAUGGAAGAUGGUGAUUUUCCUCAACAGGAAAUCACUGGAGUGUUCAUGAAGAACUGCAUGUUACACUAUGCAGCAUACAGAAAUAUAUAUCCAUUGUGGGCUCUUGCAGAAUACCGCAAGCGUGUCCCAUUGCCAUCAAGAAACGCUUAAGUGAAGCAGUGAAUUUUGUUGUUCAAGAAAUAUAUGAAUGAGAAGGAUAUAAAAUCCAGUAGUGAAUUCUCUUACCAUUGUGUAACCCUUUUUUUCUCCCUUCCUUAAGGGGCUAUUUAUGUUUGUAUAGAAAUUUAAAUACACUGGAUAAAAAUGAGAAGUUCUUCCUUCCAUGUGUAGAAGCAAGGCUUGCAUAAUGUUGUAUCACUGGAUAAUAAAGUAAAUGAGAAAUUCUUCCGUGUAUUAUACCAA